UCUCCCCCCCUCCCCGUCCGGGGCGUGUGUCUUGGACCGGCGCCCGCAGCGUCCACGCAGGGAGUAACUGACCCCAGGAUUGCGGCGGGGAGGAGAGGAGGGGAGGGGAGCCGGCCUGUGGUGCCGGCCGAGGGGUCGUUGCAGAACCGGGCAGCCUUGGCAGGAGCAGGAGGUGCGCCCCGGAUUGGCUCGGGUCCAAAGCCGCCCGCUGGGCCUCUUCUGAAUCCAAGCAUCUCUUCCAGAUCAUAAAUUGUGUGGUAUCCUUUUUGCUAGCCGAUAUGGACCUAAAGGACCAGGCAACUCUUGAGUCCAUCGCAGACAACGUAAUACGGUCUUCUGUGCCACGCCCACUGAAGACAUUGUAUCAGGGUGAACCAAUGGCUCUGGGGAUCACGCAGAUCCUGAUCGGUAUCCUGGAAAUAUCUUUUGGGCUUGUGGUAGCCAUAACAGAAAGUCCUCCUACAUCUAAUGCCCACGAAGGACAUCUUACUAAUGCAUAUUGGAUGGGAAUCGUGUACAUCAUUUCUGGAUCUCUCUCUGUGGCUGCUGCCAAGAACCCCAAGGUGCCACUGGUGAAAGGAAUGCUGGCAAUGAAUGUUGUGAGUUCCGUGGCAGCGGGCAUUGCGAUUGUGAUACUCUCUAUUUAUAUAGCUCAUCCAAUAUACUACACUACCUGUUUCCCGUUCUAUCACACGAUUGACACUUGCCAUGGAUAUGCCACCGUUUCUAAUAAUAUAAUGUACGGAGUAUUAGCUAUCCUGCUGGUAGCCACUAUCCUGGAGUUCUUCAUCACCAUCAUCACUGCUGCCUUUGGAUGCGCCAGUGUGUGCAGGAAUUACUACCCUGAAAAGACUGUAGUGAUUUUUCAACAGACUGGUGAGGGGACCGCUUCUGCUUCAGCUCUCCCGAGGCAAAUGAACGAGGAUAUGGAGGCAUGAGAGUGUUUCCCUCUUUUAUCAUUUUCCCAGAGGAGUCUUCUUACAUUACAUCAAGCUGGCCUUCUGGAAACGGAGGGACGUUCCUGGCUGCCACUGGUGCUCCUCUUCUCUCUCCCAAACUGAGAAAAGGAAAAUUUACGAUGGGGAAGUUGAACAUCUGGAUCCAGCGCAACUUUGGCUUGGUUUUAAUCAGAUCUGCAAUAACUAUAUAAAGAGCGAAGGCAGCCUGAUCUUCUCAGCUCUCAAAAGCUAAGCAGGAUUGGUACUUGAACGAGAGACCACCAAGGAAGGUUCUGCAGAGAAAGGCAACGUGCAAUGGCAACCACCUCUUCUUCUCACUCGCUUUGAAAGACCGUUGCUGGGGUGAGCAUAAAUUGGCUGCCAAUCGACUACACUUUACGCAUGCACAAGAACACAUAUGCUUCUGGUUCUUGCUUUCACUUUACCUGCAUUUUCCAUUGUGAUGUUUCUAGCAGAAUCCCCAAUUUUUUUGGCCUCUGGACACUCAUGGAAGCUUGAGGAGCAGUGCUGAGCAUGAAAUAGCUGCCAUGGGGUGGAAUCACAACGUGUCGGAAGUCUGCAAUCCAAGUUCCCAGUUAUUGGAUUAGAGUGGAAUUUUAAUUUGUAUACUGUCCUCCCCCGGAGAGCUCAGGGGAGUGAACAACAUAAUAAAGUAGAACAAUAAGGCAUAACCAAUACAGCAAAACUAAUCAUAACAUCAGAAAUAAGACACAGUCUACCAGUAAACCCUUAAUAAUAUUCCAAUAUCAAAUUAACAAAUGCUCAAUAUCCCCAUAUCAGAUUAACAAAACUCAACAUAAUUAACAUAAUAAAUAUUUCAUAACGUAUCAUCCACAAACAUAACAUUUCAUAAUAUGACAGUGUCGUAAUAUCAUGACAUCAUAACAUCCAUAAUAAUAUCAUUUCAUAACGUGUCUAUCUAAUAACAUAAAAGGCAUUGUAACAUCAUCACAUAAUGAUAACAUAACCACAUUACAGCAUUAUAAUAAUAAGAUUAUUGAUAAGAACCAUAACAAUAGUACAAACUCAUCAUAAUUAACCUGAUCAUAAUAUAGAGGACUCAGAUGGCGACUUCCUAUCAGAAUUCUAUAAUCAUAGAACAGCCUAAGACUAAACCUACCUAUUCUAUUUACAGUAUAAAUUCACUGCAUAUAUACUAAGCUCAAUCAGAAAAACAGUCUAAUUGUUAUUGUCACAACAAAAAGGAUUCAACCACUAGACUAACAACUCUAUGCUAACAUCCUACUAAAGAACCUCAGUUUUAACUAUAACAAACCUGGGCACCCCUGUGCUCUCAAAAAGUCAUGCUCUUGGGGUCUUCUGGAGCAGUUCCUAAUCCAGUGACGUGGAGGAGAGCCGGGAUUGGUUUCUUGCUUUGGGAAAGAAGCAAGGGGAGGGCACCAUACAGGUAUACCCACCAGGUAUCUUUAAUGGGUUCCAACUGUUCUAUGGUUCAUUGAAAGUGACUGAUACACUUUGAGAAAAUACACACAUUCUUUUCCCCACCACCAAAUACCUCACACAGUAAGACCACAGGAUAUUCAAUUCCUUAGUUUCUUGGACUCCUAUGGGGAGCUCCAUGUCAAGUAUUUCCUAAAUCCAUCUUUGCUUUGAUAACACAAAGCCCAGGAGUUGAUCUGAUGAGAACAAAGAACGAGGAAUUCCCACAAAGAAUGAACUGCAGGUUAUUCUCUGCCUCCUCCCAGUGAGGAUAAGUACAGAGGAAUGACAUUCCUGGGGUCAAGGUCAGCUGGAGGGUCCCUAAAGGCAGUAUCAUUCUGCUUUCAAAAUCCAUCUCAUUUUACUUCUGAUGCAAUUCCACAUUGGGACCACUAGGGGUGCAGGGAAGGCAGAGCAGAAUAAGAAGCAGUAGCCCUGACUCUGCCCUGAGUGCCUUUCUCCAAGUUUUAGUACAAGCAAGCAAACAUUUGCAUAUCCCAUUAAAUCAAGUCAAGACCAAUCAGAACAGUUCAUGGCUGCUGCAGUCACUGCCAAGCUGCAGUGUUCUAAUGAGGUUGGUUUUUUCCAUCAGUCUUUUCCCCUCUUCCUUUCUUUCUACACAGCUGCAUAGUUUUGUCUGCUCAGACAGGUCUUGUAAAGAGGGAGCCCUGCUACUGUUGGAGAAAAUAAAACAACCUUUUCUUAA